AUGGCGGCCCUACGUACUGCCUCGCGCCUGGUUGCGCCCAGCCGAUCCGUCUUGCGACCUUCGUUCGCUGCCAGAUCAUAUGCCACGGUGACCGAGAACUCAUCGUACGACACCUCAGCGAGUCGGCCGCCGGUCCCCCCAUCAAAGACGAGCACAGUCGAGGAGCCCAAGAAGGACAAAGAUGCGAGGAUUAAGACAUUCCACAUCUACCGCUGGAACCCAGACGAGCCGACCUCGAAGCCGCGCAUGCAGACGUAUACAUUGGACUUGAACAAAACGGGACCCAUGGUGUUGGAUGCUUUGAUCAGAAUCAAGAACGAGGUUGACCCGACUUUGACCUUCCGCCGGAGCUGUCGAGAGGGUAUCUGUGGGAGCUGCGCCAUGAACAUUGACGGAGUGAACACUUUGGCCUGCCUCUGCAGAAUUCCCACCGACACUGGAAAGGAAUCACGAAUCUAUCCGUUGCCGCAUACCUAUGUCGUCAAAGACCUUGUGCCAGAUUUGACGCAUUUCUACAAGCAAUACAAGUCCAUCAAGCCAUUCCUACAAAGGGACACCAAGUCGCCAGAUGGCAAGGAAUUCAGGCAAUCCCCGGCCGACCGUAAGAAGCUGGACGGUCUCUACGAAUGUAUCUUGUGCGCAUGCUGCUCGACCUCCUGCCCAUCAUACUGGUGGAACAGCGACCAGUACCUGGGCCCGGCAAUUCUUCUCCAAUCAUACCGUUGGCUCGCAGACUCCCGAGACGAGCGCAAGGCUGAGCGCAAAGAAGCUCUCGACAACAGCAUGAGCUUGUACCGAUGCCACACCAUUCUCAACUGCUCUCGAACAUGCCCUAAGGGCCUCAACCCGGCCAAGGCGAUCGCUGAGAUCAAGAAGAGUCUGUCUUUCGCAUGA